GAUGGUUGAAUGUUCGAGUAAUUGAGUGGCCUACUGUAGUAUUCGCGUUUGUGCGCACCUGUCACCUAAAUAUCGGCCUUGUGUGUUUCCUUCAACCUAAAUUAUUUAUUUGUCCGUCUGUCAAUUACAAUUGUCCAUAUUUUAAACAAAUGCUGAGAAUUCCUCAAUGAAAUAAGCGAAAACAAAAUGCCUACAGUGUAGUUAUGUGUUUUUAAAGUGAUUUUUUUACCCCGGUGGCCACUAAGUUACCUCAUAAAAAAUGUCCCUCACAAUUCAGCAAAUAAUCACUGACGCGAAACGCCUAGCAGGUCGUUUGAAAGACCGCGAUACAAUUGCUGAUACUUUGUUGAAUGAGACGAACGCAAUAACGAAAAAAAUUGAUGCAAUGAAACAGUUUCAAGAAGAAGUCGAUGUGUUGAACGAGGUGGCGAACCAAAAGCCGCAUUCCCAAUUAAUUGCGAAUAUACAAAAGGAGAAUAGACACUUGAGGGAGAUUCAGCAGGAGAAUAGGGAGCUGAGGGCAGCGUUAGAAGAUUAUCAAACCACACUUGAACAUAUUAUGACCAAGUAUCGGGAGCACACCACGGAGGAAAUCUACAAGACUAGGAUAGACUUCAAGGCGUUGCAAGACAAGCAAUACGACGAGAUAAUCAAGCACCAGGCCGAGAAAAUACACGAAAUGGCCGCAGUUAUGGAGCAGGCUGCCCUGAUUGACGAGGACAGGAUGGUGUGCAACGAGGAAAUAAUCGCAAGGCUCAAAUUGGAAAACCAGGGCCUAAGGGAGAUGUUAGGUAUUGCAUUUAAACACGGCAAUUUAAUUAAUAAAAUGGAAGACAAGACCAUCCAAACUGAGACCUCAACUUGAAUUUCCCCUCACGAUUUUAUCCAUGUUUUGUUCUGUUUUACUUAUGUUUAUAUACUUUUGCACUGUUAAUAAAAUUAACAUUAAUCGGUGAAA